AUGUAUCGAAUUUGUAACGAUGAAAAUGAGUUUGAACCAAGAAUUACACCAAAACCUGCACCAAAACUUGAUUGUUUUACAGUACCAUCGGUUCCAGAAGUUUCUUUGAUAUUUGAUAAACCUAUAGGCUAUAAAACUAUACAACAUGUAGAUUUCCAUUCACCUUCUGUAGAAUGUAAAACUUUAACACAGAAGAACAGUAAUUCAUAUUCUUCAAAUAACAAUGGAUCCUAUGCAGCAUGGAAGCAACAUAAUUAUUCUUGCAAGCCUUAUAAUAAUACUGACAGUAUAAAUUCUCAAAACAUACAAUCCAGUCAAAAUUAUGUUCCACAAUCUUAUUCGACAAAAAAUACCACCACAGAAAGUCCAAAAGAAUCUAUACGAAACAAUCAUGGUUCAAGAAAAGAUACUUCUAAUUAUAAAAGUUUUGAUGAAAAAGAAACUAAUACAAGAAGAGAUGGUAAUUCUUAUGAACAUAGCUAUCAAGUGUGUGAAAAUAAUACAGCACCUAUUAAAAGAAAUAGCAUAACAACUCAAUACAGCAAUAUAAUGGAACAGUGUGAUCGUAUGUCACCUCCAUCGCAUGCUGUUAGAACUUGUACAGAUACUGACAAUUAUGUUUUUAGUAAAAAGGAAUGUUUCCCAUUAUUAUAUGAAAAACAACUAAUAACUAAUAAUUCAACUAAGCAAGUAUCAUUUAAUGAUUCAGUCAAUGAAUCAAAAAUACAAAAUUCACAUAUUAAUCCUAAUACUCUGAAAAGAAGUGAAUAUCCAUUACCACACUAUUUAGGACAACAAUAUCCUUAUUUUAAUAUGAACACUUAUCCUUUUCCUCAAUUUCAUCCUUAUUCUACUCAUAAUACAGAUACCCAAGAAACAGUAAAGAACUUAUUACAUAUUAUAAACAGUCAAAAUGAUCAAAUUAAAUCAUUACAAACACAAGUGGAUAGAUUAUUGAAAAUGCAAGAAGAAAAUUUAAAAGAAAGGAAAAAAUGUUCUUGUUCAUACCCAGUACAGCAACACAAUAAUCAAUUCCUUGCAAAUUCUAAUGAUACUAAUCAUAUUAAGGUACCAAGAAGCACAAAAAGAAGUGUAUGUCAAAGUGAACUCUCCAAAGAUAGAAGAAAAGAAAAUUGUAAUGAAAAUGGAAAUGAAAAUAUAAAUCAAAGUGAAUUAAUAUUGACAGAAACACAAGCAAAGAAGACAUUUAUGGAACAAAAAGUUUCUAUAGGUGUAAUGACAAGUUUUGAGUUCACUGUACAAAAUAGCCCGUUUACAGUAGAUAUUGAUGAUUGUGAAAAACAAGAUAGUCAGCAGAAGAAAGAGAAUUUAAAGCUAUGUAAUAGUGUUGGUGUUCGUGAUAAUAAUGAAUCUUUAAGAAGAUACAAGAACUCUUUUACUCGAAUGCCAAGUGGACAAUUAGAAAAUAUAGUUGAAGAUUCUGAAAGUUAUAUGUCAUCUAGUCAACAACAAAGUAGUAAUUUAAAUGCAAGUACUUCUACAAGAGAUUUAGAGAGACAGAUUUAUAUAGAUGUACAAAAAGAAACAGAUGCUCUUAGAUCUGAGUCCCCCAAAUUGUGUAGAGGCAUCACUACAAAUUUAAAUCAAACUAUGGAUAGUAUACAAAAAAAUGUAGGAAAAACUUGUACGGAAGAAAUAAGAAAUUACGAAAUUAUAAAAACACCGGCAGUACAAAAAAAUACUGUAAAUGCAGAACAUAAUGUUUUAGAAAAUAAAAAUGGUGAAACAAACACUCCUACAAAUCGUUAUAGAAAGCUACAAAUAAGAAAGGAUAAUGAUUCUGCAAAAGCAUGCAAAUCAGUAAAUAGUUCUGAUAGUUACAGAGACUAUAGAAAGGAAGGACAAAUUUCUGUCAUUAAAGGUGUUAAUUGUAUUGAAGAUAGCUUGAUUUUAAAUGGCGGUGAUUUAAAAAUAAAUGAAAGGCCACCACCCACUCCAGAACCUAGUAUACAUGUAGACAUGAACGAAUACUCUAGUGAUGAUGAUAGUGAAAAAGUGAAACGCAGUUCAAAAGUGGGCUGGACCUUUUAUAAUAAUGUUCUGGGACAAGUAAAUCAGUUGUUACAGAACUCAUGUGUUAUAGAUGACCAACAACAAAAUCAAACAAAAGUAAAUCAGAAUGAACGAAAUGAGACUGAAAAUAAAACAUUAGAUACUGUAAAAAAUGCCACAUUGGAACAACUUAAAAAACUUGGGAUUAGUUUGAAUGAAAAUCAAGAAGUUAAAGAAUUGAACAGUAGUAACAAGAUGGCAUUUGACUUAUCAUUUUAUCCACGUUUGGAUUAUCAAGCAAAUAUGACACAAGCUACAAGUGCUGUAAAUGAAACAAAUACAAGUAUGCAUAUGAAAGCAUUGGCUUUAAAAUAUUUAACGGAUGAACAACUUGCUGAAUUAGCAGUACAAAAGCAAGGCUCAACAUCUCUAAAACAUAUUAUGGUUAGCAAUAUGCAAGGCACAAAUAUGUCAUUUGCUACAAUGCGUUAUUUAGAAAGAUAUCAAUUGCUUCCAGGAAAAAACAGUGUUCAAGCAGAAGAUAUUAAUAAAGUACCAGUUGAAACAUCUUUAAAAAAUGACUUUAAAAAACUUCCAAGUUCAAAAAAUAGCCCUAAAAUAUUACAACGGUUUCCUUUUAAUCAAACGCCUAAAACAUCUUGUCCCAGUAAAAUUUUAGACAUUUCAACUUUAAAACAGCAGCCUAAGCUUUUAUAAACCUUAAUUACUGAUUGUUACUUAAAAUUUUUACUAAGUCUGCUAAUUAUGCUUAUCACCCACCACAAGCAUUUGACAGAUUAAAGAAUUAAGAAUAAAUCUAUAUUCAGUAAGAUAUAUAUAUAUAUAUACACACACACACACCCAUUAUAUUGUACAUUAUUUACUUUAUAUAAAUUAAAUAAAGGUUAAUUUUGAAAUCAA